AUGCUUUCGGAAGUUAUUGCACGCGUAGAGCUCCUCAUCGGUGAACAGACUUUAUCAGGCGGCAUCCUCACCUUUUUAUUCAUAGUUGUCAUCGCACAUUUUGUUCUUACACGCUUCACGGUUCAUAGCCGAUUCUGGAAUUCUCAAGCAUGGACAGGUGUCCGUGAAGAAUGGUUUCCCAAGAUGAGAGCAAAAGUCCGAACUAUCGGCAACAUACGCCAGAUGCUAAGCGACGGCUACGAGGGCUUUUCAAAGCAGAACAAAGCGUUUGCUUUGCCUGUCAUCGCCGAGAAACCAUGGCUCGUGCUACCUCAUUCCUGCAUUCCGGAACUUCUCGCAAAGUCGGAUUCGGAGAUCGACAUGAAGAUUAUCCACGAAGAGCAGCUCAUGCAUGAAUACACGACAGGUUCCCUCGGCCGUCAUGUUGUCGAUGUGCCCAUACAAUAUGAUAUCCUUCUUCGGCAAGUCAAUCGCAAGCUUCCUCUCUUAAUAAGCGCCUUUAACGAGGAGCUUGAUAAAAGCUUCUGCCAUUACUGGGGCACUGACACGUCUUAUUCGGAGGUGAACCUCUCAGAAACCUGCGAGAAAAUUGUUACGCAGGCUUUGAAUCGAAUUUUCGCUGGGAAGGAGAUUUGUCGGGAUGAGGGCUUCCUGGAGCACUCUAGACUGUACUCCGAAGGGGUCGGCAGGAACGCAAUCAUGGUGCGCAUGCUUCCACCACUUCUACGUCCUCUGCUCGCACCAUUCAUUACCUACUCGAAUCGCAAACACCGUGAUAUUUGCUUGAGAGUCUGUCUCCCGGUGAUAAGAGAAAGAGUGCAGCAUACGGCUGCGAAGCGAGCGGAUGCUGAACACAAGUGGGAGCCGCCGCUCGAUGUACUUCAAUGGAUCAUUGAAGAGAGCUUUGCACGUAAUGACCCCAAAGAGCUUGAUCCUCGAAUGAUCACCCAACGAUUACUAGCGCUCAAUUUUGUCGCCAUCGACACCACGCACAUGUCCAUGGCCCAUACAAUCCUCGAUCUUUAUCGCUCACCCAACUCCGAUGACUUUCUAGUCGGUCUUCGCGAAGAAUGUGAACGCGUGCUUCAAGCGAAUGGUGGCCAGUGGACCAAGAGCGGGCUUGAUGACCUUGUAUGCGUUGACUCGACAAUUCGAGAGUCGAUGAGAUAUUCCGAUCUUGGAUAUAUAUCGUUGACUCGUAUGGUCGUCGAUCCCAAAGGAACUCAAUUCAAUGCCAACGGCACAAAUAGCAGCAGUCCAUUGUCCGUCCCCCCUGGCAUUCGAAUCUGCGUGCCUGCGCAUGCAAUCCACCGGGAUGCUGCGCUCUACCCUUCACCUUACGAAUUUCAAGCUUUCCGCUUUUCCAAGGCUCGUGAAAAAUAUAGAGGUACACAAACAGAGCUCUCCGAGCCCAAGGUUUCUAUCGUCACCACAACAGACAAAUUUCUGCCCUUUGGACACGGCCGUCAUGCAUGUCCGGGCCGUUUCUUUGCUGCGCAACAAAUGAAGCUAAUGUUGGCGUACUUGGUGCAAAAUUACGACGUGGAGAAGCUAUCCACGAAGAUUCAAAACAAGAUUAUGGUGGGGACCACGAAGCCUGAUGCCAGUUUGAAGAUUAAGGUGAAAAGACGAAAGGUGUGA